AUGGAAGCACCCAAGCCUGCAGAAAAGCCCAAGAAGAAGGGCUAUGCUCCGAAGGGGAAAGUGACCGGGCUAGGGAAAGCUCUUGCAAAUAGCGAGCCCUGCCGGGAGCAGCUUCUUCAUAAGAAGACGGUGCUGAGAUGGCCGGAUCCUAAGCUGACCGGUAUGUGCACUGGUAGGGCCCUGAAGCUGAACAAACCCGUGAUGCUAGCCGUUUCUGGGAUUCUCUGCCCGCAAUCCGAGCACAAGCUGGGUCUGGUGGUCAAGGAUGUGAAAGCGGAGGUCAAGAAAAUGCGAGAAGAUCUCUUAAUGGAGCCAGAUCCAUCUGGUGUGCAUUGCGAGGGGCAUGCCAUAAAGGGCUUCCAGACCUUGAUCAACAAGAGGUUGUUCGCCUCCAAGAAGAAAAGGGAUGCGGCUCUCGAAGACCUCUAUGCUGUGUACCGGAAGCAGUGGAGACCUACCCAAGAAGAGAUAGAUCGUGCAAAAGCCCGUGGCAUCAAGCUGCUGUGUAUGGAGGGUCCAGAUGAGGGCGAGAGAAAGGCAGAUCAAGUGGUUCAGGCCGAGGGUGAUGAUGAGGAUGAGGGCUAUUAUUAUGUUGAGGAAGGAGAGGAGGAAGAAGCACUGGAGGAUGAUGCAUACAUGGAUGACUCCCAAGAUUGUAUCUCUGAUCAAGACUUGGGCAGGAAGCUAGGGAUCCCAGACGAGUCUUUAAUUCCUGCCCCGGUCGAUCCUCCCGUGCCUGCCUCUGCUUCGAAGCCAGAGCCCGUCGUGGCUCCAGUCGCCCCAGCAGCUCCACGCCAAGUGGUUUCGGAUUACCUCGCAGAUGCAUACUGGAGUUCCCAUUUGUCACCUAUCAAACCCCGGCCAACUGACAACUGGGGCAGCUCACCCGAAUCGGUCAGGAGCCCUCCGGCAACCAUGGCCCCAACAGUGAUCGUGGCAGGAUCCGAGAAACAAGUUCCUCCGCCCCAGCCUGGAACAACCGAGCCCAUGGAAGCCGAAGCAGAUGUCCGGGCCGAACGGCUUGCACGCAUUGCUCUGCUGCAGACCUUAGAUAGAAUUGGCAAUGUUUUCUUGAAGCCCAUACUGACAAAAGCUAUCCCCAACUGA